GUCUAAAGAGAUGCCUAAAAUCUGUAUUCUUUAGCCAAAAGGCCUCUCCACUUAUGAUUUCGAGUUGUCCUUGACAAGUUGAUAUCGAGAAAAUGCCUUCUCUACUGUAUCAGUCCGCGGUCGCGUUGCCUUGGACACCUCUUGUCCAGUUCCUCGGUCUCAUAGUUGUGGUGUACUUGUUCACCACCACCUUGAGAUCAUGGGCUCGUUUAUCGCAUAUCCCUGGCCCGUUUCUCUCUUCCCUAUCUUAUUGGUCCAUGUUUCGUAUCCGCACUCGAGGCUCUCGUGGGUACCUCGAGUACGUGAAGCUGUCGACAAAAUAUGGCGAGCUUGUCCGCAUAGGCCCCAACGACCUGGUCACGUCCGAUGUACAGCUCAUCAGGCGCAUGUCGGCGGCCAAGUCAACUUAUGGACGUAGCAGCUGGUACAAAGCCACCAGGCUGGAUCCCUACCACGAUAUGAUGGGCAGCGUGCUCGAUAAGUCUGUUCAUCAUGCCUUGAGAACAAAGCUUCAGCCGGGAUACCUGGGCAAGGAUAUCCCUGGAUUAGAAGCCAGCAUUGAUUCUGGUAUAGCGGACUUGGUGAGCUUGAUUCGAGAUAGUUAUGCCACCAAGCUCUCCCCGCCAGGAGCAGAAAAUGCAGAGAUGAAAGGGCUUCCGGAGCAGAAGCCUGUUGACUUUGGUCGACUGGCGCAUUACUACGCUAUGGACGCUCGCUCAAGGAUGUCGUUCGGACAGCCCCUUGGGCUUCUCCGGAAAGAUUCAGACGUCUUUGGGUUGGUUGCUAUGUCAAACUUGGCCAUAGACAUCUUGCAAUUCUUCACUGAUAUACCACCUCUCCAGCGGAUUUUCACAUCGGAUCUUGCUCUAAGGCUACUUGGACCCAAAACUACAGACAAGAAUGGCUUUGGAAAGAUUAUGGGACUUGCAAAAGAGCAUGUUGCCGCCCGAUUUGGUCCUGACAGAAAAGAUGAGCCCGACCUACUUGGUUCAUUCAUACGUCGCGGGCUUGAUCAGCGCUCAGCACAAUCCGAAAUCAUGUUCCCGAUGGUUGCUGGUUCUGACACAGCAGCAAAGGCCAUAAAAUGGACGAUGCACUAUAUUCUUUCCGACUUUUCUAUUUAUAAGUCUCUUGUGAAAGAGAUUGAGGACGCGAUAGUAGAAGGAAGGAUAUCAGUCCCCAUCACAUAUCAAGAAGCUCAGGAACUACCAUACCUUCAAGCAAUCAUAUACGAGUCCCUCCGUGUGAAGCCACCUUUUCCUGGCCUGGUGAUGAAACAGGUCGGAGCUGAAGGUGAUAUCUACAAUGGCAUCAAGCUGCCUCCAGGCACCAGAGUCGGGCACGACGUGACGUCGGCGACCCACGACAAGGGGCUCUUUGGCCAAGAUGCUGAGGUAUUCCGACCCGAGCGUUGGCUUGAGGCCGAUGCUGAGACUGUCAAGUUGUGGAAGAAGCAGACCGAGCUUGUGUUUGGCGCUGGCCGUUGGCGGUGCACAGGCAAGUCUGUUGCGUUUUUGGAAUUGAACAAGAUAUUUGUCCAGCUCAUUCGGAACUUCGAGUUCCAGCCGGCGGAUGCCGAAAUGUUUGUAAAAAUCUCCGAUCGUGGAAAAGUGUAGUAUGGAAAGCUGGCAGGUUUCAAGAUUGAUGUUUAGGACUGGUUCUUGAGAUAGAAUUAUGAUACAUGACCAUAAGGGUUGCGUCGUUUCUGCCUCUAGAAGUUGAAUAAUACAAUGGCGCUCAUUGUUGCAGGCGAGACCAUUCCAGCACCUAUUUGACCCUCAAACUGAGUUCAUCGUUUUUGAAAAUGGGUGCAUUCCGAACCAGAUUUAAGCAUCUCUACUCCGUGAACACCAACAAAAGUGCCAGCAUACCUUGAUGGUCAUGUCGACUAUGCCAAUCAGUCAUGGCGAUUCAGUAAGUCUCGAACAGUGUCAAUGUUAUUAUGUUAUUAACUCCCCGAAAAUGGGCCAACUCGGUGGUCCGUCCACUUCGGCCGAGAUCGGGCAUGUUGGUCAAAAAUUUGCGCAAUUGAAUAAUAGAAAUGCGUCUUCUGCGCCCUGUACUCCCUCCGAGUUGAUAAUAUCCC